AUUGAGCAUUAGAUUACGGUUACAGAGCAACAAAUUUAGAUAUGAGCCGUAUGGGGAUUUUCAACCGGACAAACUAAUUUCCAAUUCACAAAUAUUUUGCAAGCGAUUGACUGUAUUGACGCUCUCCUACUACGUGAUAGGUAUAUCAACGCAUUAUUCUGCAUUAGCCAGGCUUAACGAAGAACAACCAGAUGCUUAUUUCCAGUAUACAAGAAGAUAUAGAGGAAAUCUUCACUAACAUAACCCUGUUGCAAAUAAUUUUAUCGCUGGCAUCAUUUGCAACAAACCUGUAUACCUUAUCGAUGACUACACCAUCUGACGCCGAUUUUUUGGGCUUGCUGGUUUAUACACUUUUAGCAAUUAUACAACUUACAAUGAUUUGUCAGUUUGGAUACAGAAUUACGGAAUCGUGUUUCUUAUUCCAACGCAGUUUAUACGAAUGCGACUGGUUAAGUGGCAGCAAGAGAUUCAAAACUUGCAUCUUGCUCAUGAUGAUUAGAUUGCAGAAGCCAGUGAGAUUCACCGCUGGCAAGUUUUUUUCGUUGACUCCGAGAACCGUAGUUUCGGUUUUAAGAGGAUCGUACUCUUAUGCUGCAAUGUACCGAUCUGUCGGGUAAGCCUACAAUAGAAUGACUGCCAGUUCUCCACAUUUAAUAAACUAGAACAUGUAUCAUGUAAAAAACAUUGCUUCUUUACUCCUAUAAGUUUAUGUAAAUAGUAUGGAAGUAGGUACUGUUAAAAGUGAAAUAAUAAACUGGCG